AUGGAUCACGUAGAGAAGAACGUUAAGAAAAGAAAAUAUAGUGACGAUUUUUUACAAUAUGGUUUUACUUCAAUAGUUACAGCAGGAAUCGAGAAACCGCAAUGCAUUAUUUGUAAUGAAGUUCUAUCAGCCGAAUCUAUGAAGCCGAACAAACUGAAACGUCAUUUUGAUAGCAAGCAACUGAGCUUUGCCGGCAAGGAUACCCAGUAUUUUAGAAGCAAAGCUGAUAGAGUCAAGAAAGCCAGACUUGACACUGGCGGCAAGUACCACCAACAAAACGUAGCAGCUGUUGAAGCUUCAUAUUUGGUGGCUCUCAGAAUCGCCAGAGCUAUAAAACCUCACACCAUUGCUGAAGAUUUACUGUUGCCAGCGGCCAAUGACAUUGUUCGAGUGAUAAUCGGAGCCGAAUUUGUUAUGAAAUUGAGUGCAAUUUCCUUAUCUAACGACACUGUCCGCAGAAGAAUAGGUGACAUGUCUGCUGAUAUUAUUGAUCAGGUAAUCCAGGAAAUGAAAUCUGCUCCACUUCCAAUAUUUGGCAUCCAGCUUAAUGAAUCUACAGACGUUGCAUACUGUUCACAAUUACUGGUUUACGUGAGGUAUAUUAAUGAUGGCGAAUUUAAAGAUGAGUUUCUUUUUUGCAAACCUCUUGAACGACAAACUACUGCAUGUGAUGUAUUUGACACAAUUGGUUCAUUUCUGAAAGAGCAUAAGAUCUCUUGGGCAAAGGUUUGUGGUGUUUGCACAGAUGGUGCUCCAGCUAUGCUAGGAUGUCGGUCUGGAUUUCAACAUUUGGUACUGAAUGAGUCACCAAAAGUCAUCGGAACUCACUGUAUGAUUCAUCGACAAAUAUUAGCAACGAAGAUGCUGCCACAAGAGUUACAAGAAGUAAUGAAAAGCGAUGUAAGUUCCGUCAAUUUUGUAAAAGCGAGUGCUUUAAACGGUCGACUGUUUUCGAAACUUUGUAAUGAGUUGGAUGCGUCCAACAAUGCUCUGCUAUUUCACACUGAAGUGAGAUUUUUAAAACGUGUUUUUGAUCUUCGUGAUGAACUAAAAACGUUUCUUAAUCAGAAAGCAAGACUGCAGUUCGAAGCACUUUUCAGCGAUGAAAGUGAACUGCAGAAAAUAGCUUACUUGGUGGACAUCUUUGCCAUCUUGAAUGAGUUAAAUUUAUCACUACAAGGACCAAAUGCAACAUGCCUCGAUUUGUCUGAAAAGAUCCGAUCAUUCCAAAUGAAACUUCAGCUUUGGCAAAAAAAAUUGGAUGAAAAUAAAAUUUACAUGUUGCCCACCCUAUCUGCUUUCUUUGAGGAAACUGACAUUGAACCUGACGAAAGGAUUACAAUGAUAAUUUCUGUGAAAGAACAUUUGCACAUGCUUGCGGACGAAAUUUCAUCGUACUUUCCAAAUGUACCUGACACCCCGUUUGCACUUGCCAGAAGUCCAUUCACAGUCAAAGUUGAAGAUGUUCCUGAGACAGCACAAGGGGAGUUCAUUGAACUCAUUAACAGCAAUGCAGCGAGAAAUGAUUUAUCUUCAAUGUCAGUUACAAAAUUCUGGAUCAACUGUUGGCAGUCAUAUCCUGUUCUGUCUGAGACUGUGUUGCGUCUUCUUCUUCCAUUUCCAACAACAUAUCUUUGCAAAACAGGGUUUUCCAGCUUGUUGGUUAUCAAGCCUAAAUGCAGAAGUAGACUUGUUGCAGAAGAUGAUCUUCGUUGUGCUCUUGCAAAGACCGCCCAGAGAAUCUCUGAUCUGGUGAGAAAGAAGCAGCCUCAACCUUCGCACUGA